UGUGCCAACAUGGCGUCUUUCUUGUUACCACGCAGGGACUACAGAUGAAAACUUCAAUAUAUAUGUUUGUUUUUUUUAACGCCAGACAGCACUUUCACAGUAAUAAUGUCGGGAAGAAAUAACAACAAACUACCCACCAAUCUGCCACAAUUGCAGAAUUUAAUCAAAAGAGACCCACAGUCCUACACGGAAGAGUUUCUGCAGCAGUAUAGGCACUACCAAUCCAAUGUGCAGAUCUUCAAGCUUCAGCCGGACAAGCCAAACAAGGAACUGGCUGAACUAGUCAUGUUUUUGGCUCAGGUUGGACACUGCUAUCGAGAGCAGCUCACCAACUUUCCCCAGGAGCUGAAGGAGCUGCUUUUCUGCCACCACACAGUCUUAGCGCAUGACCUGCGAAUGACUUUCUGUAAAGCCCUGAUUUUGUUGAGAAACAAAGACCUCCUAAACCCCACAAGCUUGCUGGAACUCUUCUUUGAGCUUCUGCGAUGUCAUGACAAGCUUCUUAGAAAGACCUUGUAUAUCCAUAUUGUGACUGACAUCAAGAAUAUCAAUGCAAAACAUAAGAACAACAAAGUUAACACAACUUUACAGAACUUCAUGUACACCAUGCUAAGAGACAGCAAUGCAGUUGCUGCAAAGAUCUCACUUGAUGUAAUGAUGGAGCUUUACAAGAGAAACAUCUGGAAUGAUGCCAAAACUGUCAAUGUCAUAACAACAGCAACCUUCUCAAAAGUGUCAAAGAUUAUCCAGCCAGUGAUGAUGACCAUAGCAAACAAUUUUGUCACAGACCGAAACUCUGGAGAGGUUAUGACAGUGGGGAUCAAUGCCAUCAAGGAGUUGACUGGCAGGUGUCCCCUCGCCAUGACAGAGGACCUUCUGCAGGACCUCGCGCAGUAUAAAGGACAUAAAGAUAAAAAUGUAAUGAUGUCUGCAAGAGCUCUGAUACAGCUUUUCAGAACUUUGAAUCCCAAGAUGUUACACAAAAGGGACAGGGGUAAGCCUACUGAAGCUUCAAUAGAAGCCAAGAUUCCUGGCUAUGGAGAAUUGGAAUCUAAAGACUACAUUCCUGGGGCAGAAGUACUGGAGGUCGAACAAGAGGAGGUCGCUGAUGAAGAGGGAUGGGAGAGUGCCAGUAUGAGCGAGGAAGAGGACGAUGGAGAGUGGAUCGAUGUGCAGCAUUCCUCGGAUGAAAUGCAGCAGGAAGUGGCUGAAACAUUAAAGGGCAUUACUGAAGAGGAGAAAAAAGCUAAAGCAGCCGCUGUCACUGUGAGCAGGCUUCUAACACAAGAGGAUUUCAAGAAAAUCCGCCUCGCUCAAAUGGCCAAAGAGGUGAAUGCUGCCCCUGGAAAAGGUCAGAAGAGAAAGAAUGUGGAUAGUGACGACGAAAGCAGAGGGGAACUGCUUACUUUGAGAGAUAUUGAGUAUCUGCAUAAGAAACCCAAAUCUGACAAGGAAACAAGACUGGCAACCGCAAUGGCUGGAAGAACCGAAAGGAGUGAAUUUGGGAAGAAAAGGGGAAAACUGAAUCCCUACGCCAGCACCACUAACAAGGACAAGAAGAAGCAUAAGAGUUUCAUGAUGAUGAGAUACAGCCAGAAUGUUCGGACUAAAAACAAGCGCUCCUUUAGAGAUAAGCAGGUUGCUCUCCGUGAUGCGCUCCUGAAAAAGAAAAGAAUGCAUAUGAAAUAACAGCCAUUCUACCCAGGACAACAACAAUUAAAACAUUCUGUGCACUGCAGAGAAGCCAAUGAAAUAAAGCUGAGUAGCUUGCAUUAUUCUAUUUAAGGAACGUUUUACUUUUACCCUGAUACCAGGGUAUACCUGUCUGUGAUUUGUUAUACAUCAUUUUGAAAAAAAUGUGUGUUAAAGAUUGACUGUACCAGUAUGUUGUAUCAUAAAGGUGUUUAAGUAGACUAUUUCCUACAACUUUUCUAUUAAACAAACAAAUCUAUAUUUAAACUUCA